GGCUGAGAUUCGGCCCUCGCGCCCUUUUGAUCUUGUUGACCGGACUCGCCUUGUUUUGCGACACUGGCAGACUUGACUUGGAGUCAUGGUCAUGGGGGUGUCGGAGGGCGUUUUGGUCAACCUGGAACGUGGCCUCCCGUUUUAUAUUGGAAUCUUCUUCGGUUCCAUGCUCUUUUUCUUGGGUUGGAAUGCCCUCAACUCCUUCUUCUUGGUGGGUCCUGCCGUGGCCACCUAUGUGCACCAUCGCACCAGCGGAAAUCGGAAGAACGCUCUGACGGCCGUGCUCUUUCCCGCCAAUUUGAUUGGAUUGGUCGUGCCAGCGCUUCUAGGCGGACUCAUUCUGUUUCUGGUGACGACCUGGCCAUAUCCCGUGGCCUGCUACACCUUCUACCAGCGUCAGAGAGCCGCGGCUCGUUCACCGGAUGCAGAAGAGCCACCUCCGGUCGCAGCUGGCGCGGAGGCGAAGGUCGUGGGUGUGGUGGAUGGCGAGAAGGAGGAGACCAAUGAGACGAGCCAGAAGUAGAAGACCAGCAAUGCACCAAACGAGUCUCAAGCGCCCGCAGUGCAAGAUGCAGCGGAAACCAAACUGUUUUGCCGUGGAUUUUUGACUGAGAUGAAUCAAGGGAUGGAGUCAGAAACAGUAAUUAGCUGUUUGUUAGCCAUUUGCGUUUACGUUUACAACAAGCAAAGGUCACAAGGUCCCGUCCUAGGCCCUUUUGACUCGAUGUGCACUGAGGAACAUGAUGAUACACGAUGAAACAGUACAUGUAAAACUGGUUUUUGAUUGAUGUCCUCCUUGUUUCCUUUGGUAGCAAGAAGCUACGAAUUAGGUGGAGGCCAUCGCUAUUAGAUUGGAGGCCAUUGCUAGUAGCAAGAAGCUAUUGUUUCUAGACUUUGAGUCGCACGUGGUUGAUUGUUGGAUGCGGCUUGCACGAGCUGUCGAUUUGCUUUGGUGUUCUGUGGCUGAAGGAUGCUGGGGGCGCUCAAGUUGGAGUUCCUUUGCCAGUUCUUUCUGAGUGUUUUUUUGCAUCAUAUUCGAUUGUUGCCAGUUGUUAUCGCUUGUUGCUGCCUUGCAAACAUGGGUUGAUUCUUUUCAAGAUGUCCGUUCAAACAUGGACGUUGGAUUCCCCUACCUAGUGAUAGGACACGCCGGCACGCAAUUGAUUGUAGACCUUGUGCCUGAAGGAAGUUCAGGCUGCCUCAAAGACUACUUCCAAUGAACCCUGUUGGACUACAGUUGCUGCAUGCCUUGGCAGGGUGCAACAGUUUAGUCAAUGUAUAUGCUCGUUGCUCUCGCGCUGUCAGGGGUCAAGAUUGACGAGAAGCAGGAUGUCUUCAUCGUGCCCACGGACAGUUUCUGCAGAAGGCCGCGGACCGUCGUGAUCUGCACAAAUCCGCACUCUGAAAGAGUCUGGAUCAAAUCAGCGAAGCUCGCCCAGAGGCGACAGUGGACCCUUUCACGCGUCCUGCUACAUGGCUGGUUCGGUCCAUUUCCCCCGUUGUGAUGGGUCCAAAGCCCGAGCCCAGAGGCGAAGAAAACAUAGGAGUCCAGACUGGCACCGGUUUCGGUCAGCGAUGAGGUCUGCUCAAAACCGUGAAUCUAUGUGUCCGCUAGCCGACGAUUGGUCGUUGUUUGCUUAGAAGUAGGCAGUUGUUCACUGCAUCCGUUUCACAAGGUUUUCCAAGCUCCACUCGGAGGACGAUCGCUUUCCAUACCCUGUAUCCUGUGGCUCAGUCAGAUGUGACCAAGAAGUGGCG